AUGAGGAAGAAUAGUGAGGUACAGAGAGAUGGAAGGGUCUUGGAUUUGAUUGAUGACACUUGUCGUGAAGACAAGCUGCCUCACGAGGAUGGUGCAAUACUGCUGCAUGAGCUUCCUGAACCCGAACAGGGCAGUGGUGGCACCACAGGAGCUGUGAAAGAACGAGGAACACCGUGGACCAAUUCAGCCUUACAGAGCCUCCAUAAGAACAUUCCCCUCCCAGGAAACGUGCACACGACACUGCAGUGCCUGGCAGCCGCCCACACUCGCUGGUCUCGUUCCCCAGGUGAACAGCGGGACACGGGGCUGGCUCAGGGGUAG